CGGCGCACGUGAGUUUGUCAUGUGACAGGGCGCGAGAAGUGCGCGAGUGAAAUCCGCCAUUGUUGGGAUAAACUGGGAGGGUGACAACGUCAGAUAUAAGCAUGUCUGGACGAGGUAAAGGCGGCAAGAUCAAAGCCUCCAAGUCUAAGAGUAGAUCUUCCCGUGCCGGACUCCAGUUCCCUGUGGGGCGGCUCCAUCGUCUGCUGAGGAAAGGGAACUAUGCAGAAAGAAUAGGCGCCGGUGCCCCUGUAUACAUGGCGGCCGUCCUCGAGUACCUAGCAGCAGAGGUUCUGGAAUUGGCGGGAAAUGCCGCGAGGGAUAACAAGAAGGCUAGGAUCGUCCCUCGUCACAUACAACUAGCUAUCAGAAAUGAUGACGAACUAAACAAACUGUUGAGUGGCGUUACGAUAUCUGAGGGAGGCGUUCUCCCGAAUAUUCAACAGGCAUUGCUUCCAAAGAAGUCAGGCAAGGCUAGUGCCGCUGCUUCCUCCCAGUCGCAAGAGUUCUAAAAUUUAUGGUUAUCUCCCUUGUUGACAUUAGUUAUCUCACUUGUCGGUGGUACCUUUUAUGACAUCCCGACAAUCAAUGAUUUCGUGGGUUCAUCGUUCUCUUCAUUGACUGUUCAUCUUGAAUGUAUUAAUGACUGUUACAAAUAUUUGAAAUAUAUAUUGCUGUUUCA